AUGAAUCCAGCACUGGCGAACAAUCGGGCCGCGGUCCCAGGACCCUUCUCACCCGCUCAAGCCGGCGCGCUCGCACAACCAUCAGGGACAACUGUUCAGAACAGUAACCUCGCCGCCCAACAGCAACAACAGCUCUUGAUGCAAAAGGCCCAAGAAAAUCAAAACCAAUUACAACUGGAGAAGUCCCGUGUCUCUCUACUUCUUGAGAUCAAUACCGAGCUAUUGAAGGAGUCGUUACACUUACAGGCGGCUAAGGCUGCGGGCGCAACGACAGAGACAACGGAGGACGUCAAAGCCCUCGAGAAGAGCUACAAUGAGUGCCUACAGCGACUCAAGGUCAACCUUGCGUAUCUCGCCGCUAUGGCUGAUCGAAGAACGUCAACAUUGCCAGCUGCUCCGGCCCUCCUGCUACCACCAUCGAACAUUCCAUCAUUGAUUGAGCCGUACAAAAAACUACAAUCUCUAUUCCCAGGAAUUAGUAGUGCCGUAACAGCCGUGCCAAACCCUCAGCCCGGGCACACCAGAGGCAGCAGUCAGGUAGCAAUGGCAAACCCAGCAAUAAAGACGAUACCUAAUCAAUCACAACUACCUCAGUCAUCACCGCCCCCGCAACAGCAACCACAGCAGCUUAACACCAAUCAGCAUCCUUUAUCUCAGGCACAAACACAUCCACAGCAGCAGUCCAUCCAACCAGGUGCUAUGCCGCAGAAUCAAAUUCCCGCUGUAGCAUCCUCUAUGAUGCAGAAUAUUAUGCAAAAUCCGAUGCAUGGUGCUAUGCAGAAUAUGAGCCACAUGCCGCAGAUGAAUCAGAUGAGCCCGCAUCAACAGCAGCAAUUACAACAGAUACAGCAGAUACAGCACCAACAGGCCCUCAAUCGUCAGCAGCAGCAGCAGCAGCAGCAGCAGCAGCAACAACAACAACAACAACAACAACAGAAUCCUCAGCUGGCUAUACACCAGCAACAGAGCGGACAGAUGAAUAUGAAUGCGAUGAGCUUCAACCCCGGAUUUUAUCUUCAGCAGGCUCAAAUGCAAGCCCAAAUGAUGCGACCUCAGCAGAAUCCCCGAAUGAUGGGUGUUACAAAUACUGCCGGCAUAGGCUCGACGGGAAUAAUGACCCCAACCAUGGCCCCCACAAUGCCUGGGAUGGAUCCGAUGUUUGGUACUGGGGAAAUGAAUUGGAACUUUGGCAUGCCAGGAAAUUGGAGCAUGGGUGGAACCGGCUAA